AUGGCACGACGCUCCUUCUUCAUCCGCAGGACGGCGGCGGCUCUCGCACGGUGGUGCGUCUUCGCGGUGGCGGCGCGAGGCCACCGCAGGCGACGCUGGGGCUGGGGGCGGCUGCUGGCGCGGCGGCGAGGGGGCGGCGGAUCCGGUCCGGCGGUCUGCAUCGGCCAGGUCCACGCAGGACUCGAAGGAGACGGCUGCCUCUGGAGGAAGGGCAUUCUCAUGGGAGAGAAGUGCCAGCCGCCGGACUUCUCCGGCGCCAUCAUCUACGACGCCGCCGGCAACGUCGUCAAGAAGCCCCUCCGGUGA